UUUGAAAAAAAAAUUGUUUCAAAAUUAAAAAAAAAAUGGGUGAUGAUAAUAAAAUUACCAGCGGUAAAACUAUAGUAGCAGUAGUAGUGCUUUCUUCUUCAUUUUUAUAUUCUCACAAUUUUGCUACUUUUUGGUUAAUGUUAUGGAUAUCAUCAUCAACAACAACAACAACAAACAAACAAACAUUUUUUUUGAUGAUUGUCGAAUCUAAUGAAGAUGGCGAAUGGCAAGCAAGCAAGUAAACGGCCUUUAUACGAUUGUGUUAACCAACAAACUGGAAAAAAAAACAUUGACAUGAUUCCGACGCCCAGAAAAUCAUGAUGUUGGCACGUUGAAGCCGUUUAUUUUUUUAUUUUUUUUGUUGUUGCUGAUGUUGAUUUUGAUGAUUAUCAUUCAUUGAAUGUUUAACAAACAUCGUUUAUAAUGAUACACUAUUUUUCGAAUGAAAAAUAAUUAUUUGUUAUGAUUAUUUUUGUUGUUGUUGUUGUUGUUGGCCUCGUCAAUGAUUGUCGUCGUGUCAUUAACAUAACCAUAACUUUACAUGAUCAUUGAUUUGAUUGCCUUUUGAUGGGUGAUGUGUGUGUUAAUCAUCACCAACAUCGAAUGGACAUUCCAGGAUUCGAAUUUUAUCCACCAAGUCUUCCAGAAUUGUUUUAAAUUUCAACAAAUUAUCAACUAAAUGACAUUGAACAAAUUAUAUUAUUAUUAUUAAUAUUAUGUCAAGUCACAUACAAACAUUCGAAACAAGAAAAUAAUUUGAAACCUUAAACUAGAUAUAGAUAUUAUAUUAUUUUUAUAACUAGAGAGAGAGAGAGAGAUAUAUAGUGUGCAAUAUAUUAUCUCUUUAUCAUAUCCAUCAAACACUGGUAUUAUAUCAAUGAUUAUCAACCAUCAAUUGCGAGUUCAUGAUCUCUUUUAAAAUUCUUCCUCAUUAUCAUCAUCAUCAUCAUCAUCAGUAGCUAUUUAAGUUUUUUUUUGUAUAAAUAAAAAAAAACAUGCUGAUGAAUUGUACAUUAACCAUAAUGGCAACUGGCUACACAUUUAUUCGCCGAUUUCUUUGUUUGUUCAACCUAAUCGUAUGGUUGGCUGGAAGCUGUAUACUAGGAAUCGGAAUAUGGCUAUAUGUUUCAUAUAAUACUUAUGCAAGAAUUUUACCAUCAUAUCAUUUAUUAUCAGCCGAUAAUCUUGCCUUAUUCAUUGGUUCAAUCACAUUUUUAGUUGCCUUUUGUGGCUGUUGUGGAUCAUGGUUUCAAAGCAAAUGUUUAUUGGUCCUAUAUUUAAGUUCCAUCAUAUUCAUUAUGAUUAUAGAAAUAUUCAUCGGUUUAAUAUGUUUUAUAUUUCAAUCACAAAUAUCGAAUACAUUACAAAGUGAACUAUUGAAUGGUAUACAACAACGAUAUUCAUUAAACGAUACAAAUGGUAUACAAUCUACAUGGGAUCAUAUACAAUCAAAUUUUCAUUGUUGUGGUGUAAAUAAUUAUACGGAUUGGUAUCAGAUUAAUGCAUGGCCAGAAAAAUUACGUGUACCAAAUAGCUGUUGUCGUCCAAUGAACAAUACAUCUAUUGAUUGUGGUUAUGAUGCUGAAUCUGAUUUAAAAUUUAUCUGGAAAUUUGGCUGUAUACAAAAGAUUCAUUAUUAUCUAUUAACAAAUAUUCAUGGUGUCGGUAUUACAUCAAUCAUAUUUGCAUUCAUUCAAUUCAUGGCAUUGGUUUCAGCAUUUUUGGUUGUUUUUACAAUGGGCUAUAAAAAAGACAAAAGAAAACAACGUUAUAUGACCACCAAUCGAUCGGCAUAUAAUCGAAUUCGAAUGUAACGAAAUGAUUGAUUAUCAAUUAAACGGAACAAAACAGAAAAAUAAAAAUUUGUACUUAUUAAUCAA